AUGUAUAUCCCAUCCCAGGUUCGUGGGCUGAUGGCCCGUCAGAAUGGCGGCAACACCACCCCUGACACCAAUGCCCAAGGCAGUGAUAGAAACAUCAUUUUUGUCAUUGUCGCUCUGGCUAUUGUUGUCUCGUUCCUCCUGCUCGGCGCCUCCUACUUCGGCCUGAAAUAUUUGCGUCGGAUGGGCUGCUCCCCUAAAUAUCUCCCAGGAAAACACUUGAAAGACAAAUGGAACCGUUGGGACCCUGGAAAGUUCUAUAACCAAGUGUCAAAUGGCGUCCGGAACGGAUCGGCUACGGGCGCUGAAGCCACGGAGAUGAUAACCGCGAGAACGACCAAUCCCAUCCGUCGUGAUGCUUCCAUUCGGUCUGUGGCCACUCUUCCUGCCUAUUCUGCAAAUCCCAAGCCUGAGGAACAGGUCAUCGCGCGUGAAGGUGAACGAGACGGCAUGGAUACCGUGAUCGAGUUUCCUGAGACCGCUGAAGAAGAAGAGGCUCGCCGGGAGGAGCUCAUGUCAUCGCUGUACGAAAUCCGUCAGCGCCGGCGCGAGGAACUGGCAGAACGCGAGGCUAGGCGACAGGCACGGCGUGAGGCUCGCGAGCGUGGAGACCGUGCUCAGCUAGAGAUCUUACGGGAACAGGAUCGACUCCGUGCAAGAAGUCGGUCAUCCACCAAUGCCAGCAAUAGUGCCACCAACCUCGCUACGGCUGUAGCAGAGCAUCAGACUCGUGGUCGCGGCAGGCGGAUUGCCAGUGUGAGCUACGCGGCUGUGGGCUACGUUCGUCACGAUGGAUCGCGAGUCCGAACAACUUCACCCGAUUCCGAUCGUCGCCCCCUACUGUCGAACGGCCCUUCCGGCAGUUUUGAUGCUUCUAACAGGUCUUCCCUGGUCGAUACCCCGAGCAUUCACUCUCGAGGAGAGUCCUACUCAUCCGCCUCGACUGGUCCCGUUGAUCCGGUUGCCUUGACUAGGGUGCACUCCCAAGCACAUUCUACCGUCUCUACCCUUCCAUCCACCCCAGGCGGUGAGGAGGCCGAUGUUGGCGCUCUCAGCAUUCCUCCUCCAGAAUACGAUCAUCUGGACUGGGGUGAGGCCCCUCCGUAUCAAAGCCCCGUCACCGAAAGGAACGAACAUACCGCCCCUCUUCGGGAGCUGACAGUUGUGCCUACCAUUCAUAUUGAUGCAGCAAGCCCUGUCAGCGACAAUUUCCCGGCGACUGCUCCUCGUGCGUCCAGAGAGCAGCACGAUUCGCGUGAUUCCUGA